AGUGGUUAGCUAAAGUAAUACCAUACUGGGUAGCCAGUUUUGGUGCGGUGUGGCGAGGUACUUCGUGCCAGUGGCAGAUCUUCCGUGUUGCAAAUCUCCUCGACUCGUCGAACCAGAUUUAUGUAGGCUGGUCUCUCAUUGUCUCAUUGAAAGAUCUUAAAUGUUGAGGUUACCUUCAAUCUUGUGGGUUUGACGACGUUUUGUAGGCCUUGGCUAAUUAACCGAUGGGGAUGUGACAACGUUAAUUUCAUCUGUUUGAAAACGUUCAAUAGUCGUUUAGUUAGGAGAACAAGAAGAAUUGUGAAAGAAGUUUUACAAUGUCUGUCAAUCUGAGUAAAAAUGGUACGGAGCUUUCGGCCGCUUAUGGUGAAGUUUUGGACAGGAAAAGUAGCACAAACUGGGCGCUAUUUACAUAUGAGGGAAAUACAAAUGACAUCCGAGUGGCAGGAACAGGAGAUGGUGGACUGGAGGAGAUGGUGGAAGAGCUUAACAGUGGGAAAGUGAUGUAUGCCUUCUGCCGGGUCCUGGAUGACAACUGUGGAGUGCCAAAAUAUGUCCUGAUAAAUUGGACUGGAGAAGGAGUCAAAGAAGUUAGAAAAGGAACUUGUGCCAAUCAUGUCCGAUCCAUGGCUAAUUUUCUGAGGGGUGCCCAUGUGACCAUCAAUGCUCGGUCAGAGGACGAUGUUGAGCCAGAGGAAAUAAUGCAGCAGGUGGCCAAGGCUGCGGGUGUAAACUACAGUAUCCACAAAGAGUCCAAUUCCAACAGCAAAUACAAAGACUCUGGUCCUGGACUUCCUGUGGGUUCAGUCUACCAGAAGACCAGCGCUAUCGAUGAGAUCAAAGGAAUAAACAGGGACAAUUUCUGGGCGCAGGCUGAGCAAGAUGAAAAGACUCGUCGCCUGGAGGAGCGCAAGAAGGUGAACGAGGACCGCCAGCGUUUGGAGAGAGAGAGGCAAGAGAGGGAUGAGAAGGAGGCUGCAGAACGUGUGCGGCGAGAAAAGGAGAGAGGUAGUCAGAUUGACCAACAGAGACAAUUUGAAAAGAAACUGGAGGCUGAAAACCAAGAAAAGGAACGGCAACAGUUGGAGGAGCAGGAGAGGCAGCAGGCUUCAGAGAGAAGGGGGAUAAAGAAAGCUGAGUCUGUUCAGAAAGCCAAUGAGGCUGCGUCCCUUAUCUCCCAGCGAUCUGUCAACCCAAGGGAUUUGUUUAAACAGAUGGAGAGAAGUCCGUCUGGGAGCAACGGGGUCGCGACAUCUGUCUCCCAGCCAGGGCGUUUGAGAAGCCCAUUCCUGUCCAAACAGUCCAGCGACGAGAGACCCCCAUCUCCCCAGCCUAUUUGUGUAAAAAAACCUGAUCCUGUUGGAUACCUUAUUGAAGAAAAAGAAACAACACCAUAUGAGCCUGAAGUUGUUCCAGAACCUGUACCAGAGCCUGUUGCUGUGGAUCACUUUACUCAUGAUGAUGUGGAGGAAUUUGAUGAUGAAUGGCAAGAUUCAGAGGGAUCAGAAACAGCUGGAGGAGAGGAGACACAACCGGUUGGGACACACGAAGAUCAACUCUAUGAGACUGUUGCUGAAAUCAAUGAUGAUGCCUCCCAAUAUGCCCAAGAUGCAGCUGACUCCACUGCAGUGGGAGAGGAUGCUGGGAGGAGCAUCAGUGCUAGGGCUCUAUAUGACUACCAAGCUACGGACGAUACAGAGAUCACCUUUGACCCAAAUGACAUCAUAACUGGAAUCGAGAUGAUUGAUGAAGGAUGGUGGCGAGGAUAUGGCCCUGAUGGCAACUAUGGAAUGUUCCCGGCCAAUUACGUGGAAUUACUGUAAACAAAGAAAGGCCUGACAUAAGAUUGUAUUGUCAUGACAUGAUCGUGAGCGAGAAAGCGAAUGGAAGCAUAUUUUAAAUCUGUUGAUCAAGAUAAGGUCAUUCAAAUCAUGGGUUUGUGAUGUUAGAUUGUAUAAAAUAAAUCAUUUUUGUUAACUUGAGUAAUAAACAUACUUUGGUGAUAAA